UCUGAGUCAUCCGACGAGGAGGCUCACUUGAAAGAAAGUAUCGCACGUUUUCCUUUCGCUUUAGUCGUCCGAAAUAUUUGAAAAUCCAGCAAUAUUUCUGCCUAGUGAAGAAACGAAGAGAAAGUGCACUUUUAAUUAAAUAGAUUUUAAAAUAGGCAAAGUUUGGAAUUGAUAAUUUUUACUGGCGUAAUUUCUCAAGGUCUUUCUACACUAAAAAAUUAACAUAAUAACAAAGAGUACCUGUGAAAUCCUCUCUCUUCUCUAAUUGGAUACGAAUUAAAGAUGAAUAGCAAUAAACGUUCUCUCUCCGUGGCACAUAAUCACCGCCCCUCGAUGACUCUAGACCUAAAUUCCCCCCUCCCCCCGAAACGUACGAGACUAUUGAAAAACCAAACGAAGGCUGACCUCUUGUCAUCGCCAGAUGUACAAAAGUUGAAACUCGCCUCGCCCGAUGUAGAAAGAUUUAUUACAAAUCCACAUUCACUUGUGACACCGACGCAAGUGUUUUUUCCAAAAAACGUGACCGAAGAGCAGGAACUCUAUGCAAAAGGAUUUGUUGACGCUUUGGCCCAAUUACAACAGGAUUCGUCCUCUUGUUCAUCAACCAGUCAAGAUUACAAGCCCGACCUGAACUCCUCCUCCCACCCGAUUGAUAUGGAAUCCCAAGAGAAAAUCAAACUGGAACGUAAAAGACAACGAAACCGUGUGGCUGCGAGCCGUUGUAGAAAGCGCAAGCUUGAAAAAAUCGCAAAAUUGGAGGACAAGGUGAAAUUGUUAAAGGGAGAAAAUGAAAAAUUAUCAGACGUCCUCGAAAGACUUAAAAUGAAUGUGGAAGAUUUAAAAUCGAAAAUUAUGGUUCAUGUCGGUUCCGGAUGUCAGAUCAUGAUUAACGAGUAGAUUAAGUUAUACAUACAAUAGUUAAUUAGUCAAGUACAAUUAUUAUAUAAGAAGGGAACGAAAGAGAAAUAUUUAUUUUACACUUUAGUUAAAUUUUCUUUGGAUAAAUUUUCCUUGUUCAAAUAAUGCAAAACGUAAUGAAGAGUUGUGUCGUAGCAGUACUUGUACUCGGUCUAUUUUUAAAAUAUAUAAAUAUAUAUCUAUAUAUUUUGCAAUGCUUUAAA